CAUUUAAUUUACGCGCCUUAAUUUUCCAAAAUGGCGUGAUUGGAUGUGUGCACAAACCUGCGCGAGGCAACACCUGAUUAGUUUCCAGUCCAUGUAGACUUCUUUUCCUGUAGGGAAUUCUCCUUGUGGCGUCUAAACGUUAACUCGUAAUUCAACCAUAACGUUAAAAUGUCUGGAGAUAUUGAAGCAUUAGCUCUUAAGGAGGAUGAUGUUACUAAAAUGUUGGUCGCCGGUACCCAUUUGGGUCACGAAAAUGUCAAUUUUCAGAUGGAACAAUAUGUUUUCAAGCGCCGUGUAGAUGGCACUGGAAUUAACAUUAUUAAUUUGAGAAGAACAUGGGAGAAACUUCUAUUGGCUGCACGAGCUAUUGUUGCUAUUGAACAUCCAAGUGACGUCUUCGUCAUCAGUUGCAAGCUCUAUGGUCAAAGAGCCGUCUUGAAAUACGCCAAUCAUACUGGUGCAACACCCAUUGCUGGACGUUUCACUCCCGGUGCAUUUACAAAUCAAAUUCAGGCUGCUUUCAGAGAACCACGUCUUUUGAUUGUUACUGAUCCAGCAACAGAUCAUCAACCCAUCACUGAAUCCAGUUACGUUAACAUUCCCGUUAUCGCUUUCUGUAACACCGAUUCACCAUUGCGAUUUGUUGACAUUGCAAUUCCAUGCAACAACAGAAGUUCCAACAGCAUUGGUCUCAUGUGGUGGCUUUUGGCUCGUGAAGUACUUCGUCUUCGUGGUUCCAUUCCACGUGAAACCAAAUGGGAUGUUGUUGUUGAUUUGUUCUUCUACAGAGAUCCAGAGGAGGCUGAGAAAGAAGAACAAGCGGCUAAGGAAGUCACAGGACCAGCACCAAAAGAAUUUACAGCUGCUGAACCAAUUGCUUCAGAAGGUUGGGGAAAUGAUGUUGAUACUAAUCCAGCAGUAACUGAAAGUUGGGCUGAUGAUGGUGCUCCAGCUGCUCCUGCCCCUGCUGCAGCGGCCGCUGCACCAGCAGCACCUUUUGCCGCCACCGGUGAAUGGGCUUCACAGGUUCCUGGACAAGAUGAAUGGACUCCAGCUCAACCACAGGCUCCAGUAAGCAGCUGGGGAGGUGGUUCCACUGACAAGUGGUAAUUAUACAUUCUUUGCGAGGUAUAAAACUUUUUAUUACGAUCGAAUCUUGUAAAGAAGAAGAAGUUAAUAAAAAAAAAGAAAAACACAGAAAA